UGUUGAGGUGUAGCUGUGUCCAUCUGCGUGCUUUUUGGCUUCGGUUGAAGAUCUUUUGCCUAUUUGACACCUGUAUUUAUAUUAUAUAGCAUAUUUAUCAAACAGGUCAGCGGUCAACAUGAAUAUACGCAACGCACGGCCAGAGGAUCUGAUGAACAUGCAGCACUGUAACCUGCUGUGUCUUCCAGAGAACUAUCAGAUGAAGUACUACUUCUACCAUGGCCUGUCCUGGCCUCAGCUGUCCUACAUCGCAGAGGAUGAGAACGGGAAGAUAGUGGGAUAUGUUCUGGCAAAAAUGGAGGAGGAUCCUGACGAUGUGCCUCAUGGACACAUUACUUCACUGGCAGUUAAACGCUCACACAGGCGUCUUGGACUGGCUCAAAAACUGAUGGAUCAAGCCAGCAGAGCCAUGAUUGAGAACUUCAAUGCCAAAUAUGUCUCUUUACAUGUCAGGAAGAGUAAUCGGGCUGCUCUUCACUUGUACUCCAACACACUUAAGUUUCAGAUUAGCGAAGUGGAACCCAAAUAUUAUGCCGAUGGGGAAGAUGCUUACGCCAUGAAGAGAAAUCUCACGCAGAUGGCAGAUGAGUUGCAGAAGCCAGGUGUGCGUCUGUGGGGCUCCGAGGCUCCACCGUCUCAGGACACAUCUGUGACGGGCCUGGUGGAGAAGCUGACGGUGCAGGAUGGAGAGAAGGAGGGAGAUGGAGACAGCGGAGGAGAGAGUAAAGAAAUGAGCGAGGUCAGCGAGGCCACCGAAAGCACGGACGUCAAAGACUCAUCGUCAGACUCUUAACUCGCAUCCAUCACAUAGGUUUCAAAUGGGUUUACAGUGUUUAUAUGCUCUGAUGGUUUAUUUUUAAAAUACAGGAAAGUGAUCUGAUAAAAAUGGGUUCUCACCUAUGGAGUUAUGUGAGAGGAAAUUUGACAAUAAAAUUGGAGAGUAAA